UUAUUGUUCGUGUUUUAGCACAGCCUUGUCACUGUGUGCUUUUAAAACAAAACAAGAUGUAGAACGCGUUUUACGUAACCAGGGAACGUUCAUUAUAUAACGAAAUCUGUUUUAAAUAAAUUUAAAAAAAAAAAAAAAAAACCUUCGACUAAUAGCAAAUCAGACGGGAAUGUCAACCCCUAUUGCACAGCAGUUCAGUUUUCCUCAUUAUUAUUAUUUUUUUUUUAAUAACGCACAUAGGUAAACCCCAUUGUCUUAUUAGCUAAACCCUGCAGUUUGAUUUAUGUGUUUGCUUCAGAGUUACGUUUUGUACUAAUUUUUGACAUUUGAUAAGUUUAAAGUUCAAAAUUUAAUUUCACCCAAGUCCCUGCACUUGGUCGUUUUUUCCUCAUUUUAAAUGCUUUCAGAGUUGUGGCUGAGUAAACUGCCCGGUGUUUGUGUUGAGUCUGUUAUAAAUAGAUUACAUGCAGGGGCGUGAGGAGUGGAAGACUGUGUUGUGUGAGUAAGCGUGACACAGAAUCCAACUAUAGGCGUCUGGGUUGAGGGGAAAUUACAAAGCCUCACAAGGUAAUCGCUGAAACAAAAAAAAAAAAACACCGUGGCGAAAUGAGGCAACCCCCUCAGCUUUAGGGUUUUCACAGGAUUGAUGCUGGCAUUGCUGAUGGUUGCAAGGUCUGGAGUCCUCCAGGUUUUGAAAUCCUUAUUUCCUUGAAAAAUGAAAAGGAUGAGAAGCUCCUGUAGUGCUGUAGAACCCGCAGGUGUAGAUUUUGAUUUCUAAACAAGGGGGUUAUUUUUAAUGUUUUUCUGGAGGGGGUGGGGAGAAGCAAAAACAGCAUGACCCAGCGGCACUCGGUCGGUUCAAUGGGGGACCAGGCCCCACUCCUGCUGGCGGGACAGUUUGCCUCUGACCUGCAGCUGGAUGCCAGCCGCAGCGAGCCCUCGGCUGCAGCAGCAGCAGCCACCCCAUCCCGAGAAAAGCACCACUCCCUGGGGCACCUCCCAAAGGUGGACUUGUCCCUGCCCAAACUCUCCGCCUCUCCGGAGGACGAGCCCAAGAAGAUCAUCCUGAGCACACAGAGCGAGGCCUCCCGAAGGCGAGGCACCCAGCAGCUUAUUCCCAAGGGCCUGGCAGUGGCCAGCAGGCCCAAACAGAGGUACCACACCACUGGGGUGAGCAUGCCCAUGUGGGAGGCCAUCUCGCAGCAGGAGAAGCGUGCCUCUGUGCCAGUCGUGAGCUGGGAGGAUUACAACGCGGAUGAUUUUGAUGAGGAGGGCGGUGGCAUGCUGAGCAGGAAUCGGAGGAAUCAGUCCUACCGAGCGGCGGUCAAGGGCUUCCACAACGGGGCCCUGGAGCCUGUGAAGACAGGGGCCCCUGAGCCUGUGAAGACAGGGGCCACUCUGAAACCCGUCCAGGAGGAGAGGGCCCCCAGCCCGCGCAGCCCCGGCAGGAGCAAGAAAUCUUUAGGACGGAAGAGGAAUACAAAGCAUGGUGGCUCCUUCAAAGAUGAGCCGCGGCUGUACCAGGAGAUUCAGGAGAGGGGGCUCCACUCCAGCAACCAGGACCCAGACGAUGAUUUUGUGCACGUGGAGCAGCCAGGGCCGGAUGAGGGAAUCGUGGUCAGGAACUACCGACCCACCCAGCUGACCUGGAGCCAACUGCCGGAGGUACAAGAACGAGGCAUCCUGGAUCAGAUCUCACCCGAGGAGCGCAAGCGACAGGAGGCCAUCUUCGAGAUCAUCAUGUCCGAACACUCGUACCAGCACAGUCUGGACAUCCUGGUGCGCCUCUUCAAGAAGUCCAAGGAGCUGAGGAAGACCAUGAACAUCACGGAGCACCACCAUCUCUUCUCCAACAUCUCCGACAUCCUGGAGGUCAGCAAGAGGUUCUUCUCCGACCUGGAGAAACGACACGCGGAGGACCCGCUGAUCAGAGACAUCAGCGACAUCGUGGAGAACCACGCCUCCACCCACUUCAAACCCUACAUAAUCUACUGCUCCAAUGAGGUUUACCAGCAGAGGACGCUGCAGAAACUGCUGGCAAGCAACACAGCUUUCAAGGAGGCUCUGAAGCACAUCGAGAUGACGACGGAUUGCGGGGGGCUGCCCAUGAUCUCCUUCCUCAUCCUGCCGAUGCAGAGAGCGACCCGCCUGCCUCUGCUUAUGGAUACUAUCUGCCAGAAAACCAGCACACACCUUGAAGAAUACCACUCUGCAGUGAAGGCUUUGAAAUCCAUCAGCAAGCUGGUGAAGCAGUGCAACGAUGGAGCCCGCAGAAUGGAGAGGACCGAACAGAUGUACACCAUACAGAAGCAGAUGGAAUUUGGCAAGAUUAAGCCCUUCCCCCUGGUGUCUGCGUCACGGUGGCUGCAGAAACGUGGCGAGCUGGCGGUCUGCACAGAGGAGCUCAGCAUCUUCUGGAAGACUUUCACCAACAAGAGCUACUACUUGUUCCUUUUCAACGACGUGCUCAUCGUCACCAGAAAGAAAAGUGAGGAGAGCUAUCUGGUGAUGGACUACGCCACUUUGGAGCAAAUAGAGGUGGAGCUUCUAGAGAGCAGCGAGGGGCAGCUGGCGAGUGGUUCGCCCCGCAGCAGCUCCAGCCCCAACAUGUUCAAGGUGGUGAUGAAGAGGAACAGCGAGGGCAAGGAGGAGCAGAUUGCGCUGGUCGCAGAGUCGCCGAGUGACCGAGCUCGCUGGGUCAUUGCCCUCCAGCACCACAAACACACAGACAACGAGGACUUAAACAAAGAAGAUCUGCCGCAGGUGGAGAUCAUAAAGGGCCACAGGGCCAAGCAGCCAGACGAGCUGAGCUUGCAGCAGGCUGACGUGGUCCUGGUACUGCACAAAGUGGAGGGCUGGUACCAAGGGGAGAGGCUGCGGGACGGGGAGAGAGGCUGGUUCCCUUCGUCCUGCGCCACCGAGAUAACGAACCGCAUCGCCGUGGAGCGCAACGUGCGCCGCAUGGAGAGACUGCGCAAGGAGACAGACGUGUGAGCGAGUAGAGAGCCACCAGUCAGGGAGCAGAGAGACACCCAGACUGCAGCAGCUGCACGAACGCAGCCAGAACACCUGCAGCGAAUUUGGGACGCAGUGCAGUUCUGUGGCUGCUUAACACAGAGGUUCAUUUGAAAUGGAUCAGUAACACAGGAGCCCCCCUAGACUGUGUUUCUACUGGCAAACUGCAUGUGAGCUGUAAUGGACUAUCCAGAUUAUAUUGAUAUUAUUUUUAUUUUUUUUUUUGCUGAUAACCCAGACGAUUUGGGUGAACAGCAUCUCUGAGCUUCAGAAUAAAUGGUUUAUAUCCCCUUCAGUCACUGCGUGUAUAAUUGUACCACAAUGUUUCCUAUCUGUCUAGUUUCUAAGUUUUGGCAGGACAACUUCUCAAACUCCAUAGAGUUAGACAAAAAUGUAAAUGUAAAUAAGAAGUCGUGACCGACUGGGAUAUACUUGUAUAGAACAUAUCUGUAUAUUUUAAAACAAUAAUAAUAAUUCUGUUUGUCUGUAAUUGCCUUUGGAUCCCUCUGUAUGUGAGUGAGAAUUCUGCCACACAGGGCGCUCUGUUUGAAUAUUCGGGGGUGGGUGGGGCGGUAAGGUAUAGUGAAAGCCCCUCCUCUUGUUUGGAAUUGUUUCAAUUCAGCUAGAUCGCAGAUGUUCAUACUUGCUUACUAUGUCUCAUAUCGUCGAUUAGCGUCUGUAUUAAGCGGUCUGUCAGGAGUGAGCUGCAGCAUGUGUUUUGUAACACUCUAGUCCAGGUUGUGCUUCUGUAACGUUAUCUAAUUUGUGCUUGAGGGAAGAAAGAGAAGGAAUACUGGUGUCUUAAGAGGCGGGUGUACAAAAAACAUAUUUUUAUACUGGGAAUGAAAGGGAUCUUUUAAGAGUGUGCCAAUACUUAAAAAUGUAAUGUAAAAUAUAUCUAUGUAUUUUAAGGGGAAAGAGGAUGGUUAAUUUAGAUAACUAAUUUUUAGGGAAGAAAUUGUUUUUCUGUUUUUGGCAGUAUUCCUGUGAAAUUGGCUUUUUUAUUAUUAUUUUCUUUUUGUUGUUCUAGGAGAGCUUUUGGGACAUUUUCAAAGCAUUUACUUCAGUCUUUUAAUUACCUCCUAUUUCUUAAUAGGUGCUUUUUAUUUUUUUUAAAAUAUGUAGUUAAUUUAAAGUAAAUGCUUUGGAAAUAUGUCCCUUUAUUCCUUCCUUACCCUGUGCUAAUGAUGCCAAGCUACAUCGUAUAUAGUGUGUGUCUGUCUGUCUGUCUUUCUCAUUUCAGAUUCAAUUAAACUGUAUGCUUGUAAAUCA